ACUUUGUUUUGCAAAACUCAUAUCGAAAAAAUGCAGUUUUUCAUCAGUUCUGCAAUUCUUUUUUCCUAUGCUUUUUGUCAAUCAAUACCAAAUGUUAUCUUGACCGGAGAACCAAGAGUUGUUGCAAGAAGGAUACUUAAUGUGGAUAUGAAAGCUGCUCAACAACUUGCUUUACCGGAUGAUCAACAACACGUUAGAUAUCAAGUAAACGUUGUGAGAAAUCAAGAAAAUCCAUCCGACUCGACUUAUCUCACUGGAGAACGCACUCCAGUGACAGUCUAUCGCAGAAUUCUGAGACCUGCUAGAAUUACAUUUACUGGAGAUGGAGUGAUUACAGACAGCUGGCAAGGAACUAGUGAUGCUGUUGAAAUGGAAUCAUGGACAUUAAAUAGACGACCAACUAUUGAUGGAUCAUUUGUUCAACCGACACAAAAUCAGCAAGGAGCUUUUCAUUGAUUGAUUUUUUUAAUUUUUUAUUUUAAAUAACUCUUACCAUAAAGAUAAAAUGGAGCAGCCCAUGAGACGUAUGAAAC